AUGGAGAAGGAGAAAGAGGAGACUGAAGAUCUGAGAAGGAGAGGGAGCUUGUGGCCACACGGUGGAGGCGAUGGAUCCGGAGAUGCAGUUUCGGUGGAUGUUGAUGCUGUGCCGGAGAAUCCGGUUCGAGCCGACAAGGGAGCGCCGAGGAUCAUCGGAAGCACGAACGACGAGGGGAGCUCUGCUGCCGGAUCGAUUCCCGUCGUCGAGUCCCUUCGCGAAUGUCAAAGUCGCGGCUCUCAUUCGAAAAGUGCAGAUUCGAAAAGUGCGACGCGCCAACGGAUAACGCGAGUCCGCAGUGAUGUGGAGUGUGAGCUACGAAAUGUACCCCGAUGGAACGAGGUGCCCCUGAUCGUCGCCACCAUUGAACGACUGCCGACGAGCGGAUCUGCCACGCUGCCAUCUGCACGAGAGGACGAAGUGGGAGGUAGCACGGUGGUAGUCGAGGGUGUCGUAGGUGGCAUAAGGGGCCCAGGCGGCGGGUGCCGCGCAUCCUCGAUGACGAUGGCCGAGAGCGCCGUGGAGGACGCCGCAGCCGCGCCCCCGGGUCCGGCCAAGCCGCCACCGCCGUCUUGCACGAACAACAACACCCUCGCGGCGACGGCCAACCGCAACCACCGGAACCCGCGCAAGAAGCGGAGGCGGCUCGAGCAGGUGGUGGACACGCUGCAGGCCCACCGGAGCUCACCGUCCGAAGGCGAGGUGCUCAAGUUCGAGGGUAGCGCGCCCGCGUCCGAAGAGGAGGACAUUUUCGGCUCGCCCAGGUCGUCGUCUUCGCGAUCGGCCGCGGACACCACCUCCAUGAUCGGCCUGGGCCAGCUGUCCCUGAGGCUGAAGGACGCGGACUCGGUGACGUCGUCGACGGAGGAGGACCCGGCGAACGAGAGCGGCGCGCAACCCCACCACCAUCACCAUCACCACCACCACCACCCCCACCCCCACCCCCACCCCCAUCGACCGUACCGUUACUCGUACCAUCAUCACCAUCAUCGACACCGUUACUCGCCCUACCAGAACAACCACCGAUUAUCGGCACCGAGGUACCCCGAUUGCAUGUGCGCCCAGUGCUCGUCGCAGCAGUCGCUCACGUCGAUGAUGUUGCCGUCGGCGACGUCGUUGCAGACACCACCGUUGUCGCGGCCCGCUUUCUCGUCCUACAGCAGUAUAUGCGGCGCGUACAGCAGCAUAUUCGAGCAGUACAUGAACACCAAGUACCUGUCGUCGAGCGACACGUUCCGCGGUCGCAGUCACUCCGACUCGGAUGUCGUGCCGAGGUGGGGGGACGAACGGGUGCCCGCCUCUUCGUCCACCGCCUCUUCCGUCGUCGUCGGCCACCCGCCGCGCAGCGGCUCUCUCGAGAGCGACGGCACGAGCCCUCAGGAGUCGCCGUUGGACUUGUCCAUGAAGAACCUCAUGCAGACAGCGGCGGCGGCGGCGGCGGCUGCGGCGGCGGCGGCCGCCGCCGCCGCCAGGUCGCCGGCGCUGCAGCUCUUGCCACCCGGUAUCGUGACGCGAGGCUCGGUCAGUGUGCCUGUGGUCAGGGGCGACGUCGCCUCGCCGACCACGAAGGAGACCGUCGCGGUGCGGUACAACCUGGAGGUGCUACCGGUGGUCGAGGAAAUGGCCCCGGGCGCAGACGUGGCUUACGUGUGCCCGGAGUGCGGACAGAUGUUCAGUCUCCACGAUCGUCUAGCGAAGCACAUGGCGUCCAGGCAUCGCAGACAAGGUCUGCACGACGCGUCCGCCAAGGCGUACCUCUGCGACGUCUGUCAGAGGAGUUUCGCCCGUUCGGACAUGCUUACGAGGCACAUGAGACUUCACACCGGCGUCAAGCCGUAUACCUGCCGGGUCUGCCGGCAGGUAUUCAGCAGAUCCGAUCACCUCAGCACCCAUCAGCGGACGCACACCGGUGAGAAACCGUACAAGUGCCCGCAGUGCGCCUACGCUGCUUGCCGCAGGGACAUGAUCACUAGGCAUCUCAAGACUCACAAUAGGUGCGCGGAGGGGCCCACUCCGAAGACCGAGCCUGGUCUGCUCGCUGGCGAGGAGUGCCCCACCUUUGGCCAGAACAUGGCCGCCGCACCCUCGCCAGUCAUCAAGGCCGAAUGACGACGGCCGGCCGGAUGACACUGGCUGUGCUCCGACUCGAGGCCCCGACGAGGACAUCGCGGUAAGAUCGAGCGAGGAUCCGCCGCCACGAGGGAAGCCACGAGCAGCCUCGGUCGAACCACCGCGGCAACGCUACGAGGAGGGAACGAGGUCGCCGCUUGACAGCUCUCGAACGUUAGGAAUUACUUCCGACGGACAGACGGAAACACACACACACACACACGCACACACACACACACAAAGAGAGCGAGAGAGAGAGAGUCGGAUCGGUGGACGGGGGGAUUUGUUUCGCUGUCGAGAUUCGCAGUUUGCGAGGAGUUUGCGUUUCAUCACGAGUCUGAGGACUGAGGAGUAUCGAGACGCUGCGAUUUCACUCUUUCGCCAAUGACGUGCUCUCGAGAAAGUGUUCCAAAGCUUCCCUUUUCAGUCUUGUAAAUAAUUAUCUAUUGCACGCGUAUAUAUAUAUAUAUAUCUACAUCGUAAGCAUCGUAACCACCGUGACAUUCAUUAGACUUGUCUACGAAAUCACUAAAAAUUUUCAUUCGUACGCGACACAUUUCGAUACUUGUGCGUAAAUUCGCAUUCGUAGACUUUUUGUUCGCACACAUUCUCGCCAGCGAAAGAGUUGAAUUUGCGAGGUGCGUCGGAUUCAUCGUGGAAUAAAACUGAACGGACGAAUGGAAGAGCCGAACUUCCGUAAGUAUUAUAUCGUUUUAUUUGUAAGAAAAGAACAAAAAGCCAAGGAACAAUUCGAUUUUCUCGUUCGACGAUUCUCCAGAUCUCCACAGAGGGGUUAUCUCUUCGUAUCGCCAACAGCGAGCUAGAGUGCUAAACAGUAUUAUUGUACUCCUUUGAGCCCCGUUUCCGAUUGAUUCCGCUUCUACGACUCGCGUACUCUUGUCAGUCGAAAUUUCUUGCUCUAAACGGCUUUCGUCAUCACGGCUCUCGUUAUCACGACGGCAGCGAUCGGUCGCAGAACGGUCCGACAACAGCGUCGUUUUACGGAAAUGGGCCCGUGUGCGCGCGCGCGCGAUCGAUUUCGAGAAAAUGGAGAUUCAAAUUAUCAAAUUGAUCAGCGAGCGUCUCUCGCUGCAAAUCUACGUCCUUUCGCUCUCACUUCAACCUCUUCUCUUUCUUCCUCGCGGUUAUUCACUCACUUUUUGACGCGCACACGCGGUAGUCACGUGUAAACUGUUUUCGGACAUUCCACGACUGUUUGUCGUUGCAGAAAGCGUAACGCACAUAUCGCCACUCUCGGCUCCUCUUAUUUUCCUCUCGAUGCAUAAAGUUAAGGCGCACAAGCGAAAAAGCAUUCCUGCCCCGGCCGCGCUCCCGGCAGGCGCAGCGCGGUGCACGACGGAUGUGCGGAAAAUCGGUGCUUACGGCUCCGGUGUCAGAGGGCCGGACCGUACUUUACCGCGCUCGCUGCGAACUCUCCGAUGAACCUGUAUACAUAAGCUGUCGUAUCUCUCGCGAGCUGUUAUCUCCGCGCGGGGACUCCCUUCGACGUUAGCCGCGGCGAGUCGAUCGCGAAACAUGACCCGUUGACGACGCGAACACACGUGCCAAAAUUCUCGACGCAACCUUUCGAACACGCGAUCUACGCGCGUAUUUAAGCGCCUUGGGCCACUCCCCUUCUUUCGCCCUCUUUGCCUCUCCGGCGCUGUUACAUCAUCCGGCGAAAUUAUAAAAAAUCCGCAUAUCGGAAUCUCUCUCUCUCUCUCCCCCCCCCUCUCCCUCUCUAGCGAAGAAUCCAAAAAACUCCGAGUCCUGUCGUGGAUUUCUCUCUUCUCCGCCGUACUUUUUCGUACAGUUGGCGAAUGCGCGAAUUCAUUAGGCCCGCGCUUAUAAUACAUAUCUAAAUACGCGUAUUUAUAUAUGUCGCGCGUAUAUUUUUAUCAAUUUUCGCGUAUACUUAAUAAUAUACUUCUGCAUAUACUCGAUAUGCAUAUGUCUCGCUAAUAUCGAGACGAGUUAAAGUAGACACCGCGAAAUACAUCGUAAAAAUGAGUCCGUCGAAUUCCGCUGUGUAGUCCGUACGGUUGUGACGCUUGGAGAGAGAAAGAGAGAGAGAGAGAGAGAGAGAGAGAGAGAGAGAGGGAGAGAGGGAGGGAGAGAGAGAAUGAAAUAGGGGAGAGAAAGAAUGAAAUGAGGGAGAGAGAGAAAGAACAUAUCCGUCGGUCGAGCUCAAUUCGCGUUACGGAGAAACAUUAUUGGCGACGUGCGUGAAUGUGAUAUAGUGACUUUGCCGGUGAAUCUCGGCGGCAGACGAGACAUCGAUUAUUCAGGACCAAGUGGAGCGGCGUGAAGAGUCGCUCCUCUCGUCGAGCUUAUUUACCGCCAAUACUUUUCUCUACGUGUCUAUAUCAGUAAGUAGCGAGUCGCCAUUGGCAGCCUCGUCGUCGAUUCGCCCGAAACCUGCUCAAGUUGUUGUUACUUGAAGAUAGAAAAACAAUUGUUGAGACAAAACUUCUUCCCUUGAUGAGAAGGGGAAGCUCUUCGCGAAGCGAUGAUGUAUUAAUAGUUUUGUAAAUGUGAUGGUCGCAACGGGCUGUACACGUCGACUUUUUCGUCAGUACGGGAUCGAAAAGUCGACAGUUGCGACGAUGAAAUGGAAGGAGCGUUAUAAAGGAGGAAAAAAAAACAGGAAACGAAAAGAGGAAACGUGACCGUACCUGCAGUGAGAGAGAGAAAGAGAGAGAGGAAAGGGGGAGAAAGAGAAAAAAUGGGUAACUCGACGUUAAAGCAUAAUAAAGCGUAUAGAAGUAACGUUAAUUAGUGAGUAACAUUAUUGAUACUAUUAUUGCGUUUUCUAUUAUUGUAACUAUUAUGAUUGUAAUUAUUCGCGCCGCACGCCGAUAGGAGAAGAAGAGAAUGAUAUUUUUUUAUACAUACACGCACUGCAAGUGCGAUUUUGCGAAAAGUCGCGGAUUGCAAACGGAAAAUUGUUCGUUUGUCGGAACGUCUCGCGUCUAAAAUUACCGUUGAUUACACGCCACUUGAAAGAACAAUGUCAAUUCGUUACGGAGGAACGAAUGUCGAGAUGUCGAGACGCGAUCGCUCUCACUGUAAGGGAGUGUCUUGGGAGAGACACCUCGAACGAGACACGGUGGCUUCGGGGAAUUUUCGGCGUUUUCCUGUGGAAAACGGGGAUAGAGUGGGCGAGCGAUGGUGGCGGUGGUGGCGGCGACGGUUGUUGCGGCGCGAUUAAUCGGAACUGGUUGUGGUGCUUAAGCGAAGAAGGGCGAAUCCGACGGGUAUCUUUGCGCUGUGAAUCGACGAAGACAAUCCUUAAGGUAUACUCCGUUCGUGAUCUCCGCGCGGAUAAAGUCGUCGUCGGGCCGAGCGAGCGAGGGAACAAACGAACGAACGAACGAACGAACGAACGAACGAACGAACGAACGAAGCGGCGAUUCGGACGGCGAAUGCUGACGUCGAUCCAACGUCACCGCGCACGCGAAAUGUACGUUGCGGCGUGUUAAUGGCAUAAUUUAACAAUGCUCCCUGCGCUAUCCUCGUGGAUGAGUGUCGGUGAAAGGAGGGUUAGCUCGACGAGAGGGAAGAGAAGGAAAUAAGGGCUGGCUGAAGAUGAAAAAGAGGAUAAAACUGUCGAUGGUAAAUAACGAUAAGCGUCGGAAAUUGGUGAAAUAUGGCAGAGCCUGCGCGCGCAGGGAGUGGCGUUGUAGCUACAAGGUGCUCGCGUCAUGACGCAAUCGUACUCUCCUUAUUUUGUAAUAUUUAUAUUAGUACAAAUGAUGUGGGAAAUAUAUUCUCUACUUUUCUCUUUUUCUCUUCUCCUCUCUCUCUCUCUCUCUCUCUCUCUCUCUCUCUCUCUCUCUCUCUCUCUCUCGUGCUCAAGUCGCGACAGCACUUGUUACUGUCGCACCGGCCCGUUCGCUCGGCCCCGGCGAACAAGUUCGUCUCUCUCAUUUCGGAAACGUCAAUUCCACGAUAGUUUUACGAUAGUCAUAUGGUGACUCGCUGAGCAGCACGCGCCGACAUGAUACUCGAGCUUAAUCAGCCUCGACCGUUUCGCGUCCUUGGUUCUCCUUACCCUAUACUCGCGUAUGUACUGGUUCCCACCCUGUGUCUCUCCUCGCCCGGAUAAAGAAAGUCGCGACGAGUUGUCAGCGGCACGCUGACACACACACACACACACACACACACAUA